AUGGAGCGCAGGAGGUCGCGCGACAGCGCGCCGCGGCCCGCGGAGUCUCCGGAGAAGCCGCAGCUCUGGCUCUUCCCGUGCGACGCGGGUCUCCAGCGAGCGCUGCUGCGCAAGCCUGAGGAGACGCGCCAGAUGUGCUGCUCGCGGAGGCGCCUGGCCGUGCUGGAGCGCGGCGGCGCGGGCGUCGAGGUUCACCUGCUGCCGGCCGGCGGCGACGGCGCCAGGAAGCCGAAGUAUGUGAAGUUGGGGAAAAAGAUGCAGAUACAUUCCAUGGACCAAGGAGAGGACCAUAUGCUUAUUCUGUCCUCAGAAGGAAAACCUUUUGAGUACAACUACAACAUAGAAAAUGCAAGGUUUCAAAGCAUUUUACAAGAAAAAAGUAUAAUUCAAAUUGCCUGUGGAGAUUAUCAUUCUCUUGCACUCUCAAAAGGUGGUGAACUUUUUGCCUGGGGACAGAACUUAGAUGGCCAGCUUGGAGUUGGAAGCACAUGUCCCUCGACCCCCGUACCACAGACUGUGGAACACCUCGCAGGUGUUCCUUUGGUUCAGAUUUCUGCAGGAGAAGCGCACAGCAUGGCCUUAUCCAUGUCUGGAAAAGUUUACUCAUGGGGAAGAAAUGGUUGUGGACAACUGGGCCUGGGCCACACUGAGAAACAAGAUUCUCCUUCCCUUAUUGAAGCACUAGACAAUCAGAGAAUUGAGUUUCUCAGUUGUGGUGGUUCUCACACUGCCUUGCUUACACAGGAUGGGCUGCUGUUUACUUUUGGUGCUGGAAAAUAUGGACAGCUUGGUCACAAUUCAAAACAGAAUGAGCUAAAACCUUGUUUGGUGACCAAGCUCAUUGGAAAUAGAGUGACUCAGAUAGCAUGUGGAAGGUGGCAUACACUUGCCUAUGUUUCUGAUUUGGGAAAGGUCUUUUCUUUUGGUUUUGGAAAACAAGGACAAUUAGGAAAUUGUGGAAAACAUAAUCAGCUGAUACCACUUCCCAUGAAAUUGUCAUCAAAUGAAGAACUCAUUUUUGAAAGUGAUAGCCCAAGAAAGGAGCUGAUAAUGGUUGCUGGAGGAAAUCAAAGCAUUUUACUCUGGAUACAAAAAGGGAAUUCUUAUGUUAAUCUUAGGAGGAAAAUUCUUAUAUUGAGUGAAAGAACUGUACAAAGAUGGAUUGCUGAUGUUGCAACUAAACAGUGGCAAAAUACAAAAAGGGAAAUCCGAGAGAUAUUUUCAUCCCCGGCAUGUCUCACUGGAAGUUUCUUAAAAGAAAGACUGGCUGGAGAAACCACAUCUGUUCUUUCAGACUUAAGUAAAGCCAGAAACAUCUUUAACGAAUUACACAAAAAGGAGUGGAUUACUAACAUGAUAACCACCUCUCUCAAGGAUAAUCUGCUCCAAAGCCUGCCAUUUCAUUCUCCACACAAAGAAGCACUAGAAGUUUUCUUACUUCUUCCAGAAUGUCCAGUGAUGCAUGACUGUAACAACUGGGAGAGCCUGGUAGUCCCGUUUGCAAAGAUUAUUUCUAAAAUGAGUGACCAGUCUUCAAAAGUUCUAGAGGAGUAUUGGACAACUCUGCAAGAAUCUUCUUUCCGCAACCUCAUUCAGAUGUUUAAAAGUGCCAUUGACUCACAAAUGCACUAUUGGGUGGAAAGUGAUGAGAAUAACUGUCAUCUUAAAGCUCUUCUAGAAAUAUUGAAAAAACUACAUAAGGCAAACCAGAUUAAAUAUCAGCUGCCUGAAGAUAUUUUCAAAAUAGAUAUACUCCCAGUCUGGCUCAAUUUUUAUGGAGAAGCAUACAGACGAUCCUGUUAUAAAGCAGACUUGAACACCUCAGCAGAUGUACAGCACUGUGUCAUAUUCAGUCAUUUUCCAUUUGUUUUUAAUAGUCUGUCAAAGAUUAAACUACUAUAUGCAGACUCGCUUCUAAAAAUACAGGAGAGAAGAAUUAGAGUUUCCAUGAGCUUGGCAGGAAUUUUGCAACAAGAAGAGGUUGACUUUGCCUUGGCACCCACCUUUAAUCUCAGAGUCAGAAGGAAAUAUUUGAUUGAGGAUGUUUUGAAUCAGCUAAGUCAAGUUGAAAAUGAAGACUUGAGGAGGGAGUUAUGGGUUUCAUUUAGUGGAGAAAAUGGAUAUAACAAGGGUGGAGUGAGGGCAGAGUUCUUCUACUGUCUGUUUGAAGAGAUGGCCAAGCCAGAAUACGAGAUGUUCACAUAUCCUGAAGAGGCUUCCUGUAUGUGGUUUCCUAUCAGGCCUAAGUUUGAGGAGAAGAGAUACUUCUUUUUUGGGGUUCUAUGUGGACUUGCCCUCUUUAACUGCAAUGUUGUCAACAUCCCUUUUCCCCUGGCACUCUUUAAGAAGCUUUUGGGCCAAAUGCCAUCACUGGAAGACUUAAUAGAACUCAGUCCUAUUUUGGGGAAGAGUUUGCAAGCACUUCUGGAUGAUGAAGGUAGUGACUUUGGAGAAGUACUUUACAUCCACUUUAAUAUACACUGGGACAAAAGUGAUACAGAAUUAAUUCCUAAUGGAAAUUGUAUAGUUGUUGACCAGACUAACAAGAAAGACUAUGUUUCUAAGUGUGUUGAUUAUAUCUUCAACAUCUCUGUAAAGACGGUUUAUGAUGAAUUUGAAAGAGGAUUUUAUAAAGUGUGUAACAAGGAGAUUAUAGAAUUUUUUCAUCCUGAGGAGCUGAAACACGUGAUUAUUGGAAAUACGGAUUAUGACUGGGAAACCUUUGAAAAGAGUGCAAUUUAUGAACAAGGAUACCACAGUUCACAUCCCACUAUAGUUAUGUUUUGGGAGGCUUUACACAAAUUGACUCUAGAGGACAAGAAAAAGUUUCUCAUGUUUCUUACAGGAACUGACAGAUUGCAAAUGGGAGAUUUAAAGAAAAUGCAAAUAACCUUUUGCUGUCCUGAGAAUGUGAAUGAAAAAGAUCCAAUAAGAGCACAGACAUGCUUCAGUAUUCUCUACCUCCCUAAGUAUUCUACACCAGAAAGAGUGGAAGAAGCACUUCAGGUAGCCAUAAACAACAGCAGAGGAUUUGGCUAACCCAACAUCAUAGUCUUUAUUUUUGUUGAAAACAUUUUCAUAAAUAAAGUUAACAUGGCAGUCCUGUUCA